GAGCGAAUAGCUCACGCUGCAUCAAAACUAUUCCCGCCGCGUGGCCUGUAGUUUGUGUUGAUUUCGCAUUUCGCAGCCGCGUGUUGUGCUACACUGAAACAAAUUGAAAACAAGCAGUUAUGGCAAACGUAUCCGUUGACAAAGAAACGUUCUUUCGACGUAUGAAACGGCUCUAUUCCGCGUGGAAAGAUGGAGAAGUCGGUACAGAUGACAGUUUUAGUAAAAUGGAUUGUCUCGUUUCUGCAGUGGGCACAGACGAGGAUAUCGUUUACAGCAAAUCAACGGCGUUACAAACUUGGCUCCUUAGUUACGAACUUACAGACACUAUAAUGAUCUUAGCAGAAGAGUCUAUUUGCUUCUUAGCUAGCAAGAAAAAAAUUGAAUUUCUAAGGAAACUUGAAAAUCAGAAAGCAGAAGAAACUGGUGUACCCCCUGUGAAACUGCUUGUAAGAGAUAGAAAUGACGAGGAUAAAGCUAAUUUUGCUAAACUUAUUGAGACUAUAAAACAAAGUAAAAAGGGUAAAACAUUGGGUGUUUUUUCAAAAGAAAAUUAUCCAGGUGCCUUUAUGGAUGCAUGGAGAGCUGCUUUGAAAUCAGAAUCUUUUGAUACGGUUGAUGUUAGUGCUGCAGCUGCAUAUGUAAUGUGUCCAAAAGAGGAUGCUGAGAUUCUUACAAUAAAAAAGGCAUGUCUGGUGUCUGUAGAUGUUUUCACAAAGUACCUUAAAGAUCAGAUCAUGGAAAUAAUUGAUUCUGAUAAGAAAGUUAAACAUUCAAAGCUUGCAGAAGGCGUAGACGCGGCAAUAACGAAUAAGAAAUAUGUAACCGGUGUCGAUGUUACCCAAGUAGAUAUGUGUUAUCCUGCGAUAAUACAGAGCGGUGGAAAUUACUCACUAAAGUUCAGUGUUGUUAGUGAUAAAAAUACUUUGCAUUUCGGUGUCAUUGUAUGUUCUCUCGGAGCACGUUACAAAUCUUAUUGUUCUAACAUAGUUCGGACGUUAUUAGUAAAUCCCACUAAGCAGAUCGAGGAUAAUUAUAACUUCCUUUUACAAUUGGAAGAGGAGAUUCUAAAGAAACUGAUAGCUGGAGUAAAAAUCAGCGAAGUAUAUGAAACGGGUGUGAAAUAUGUAAAGGAUGAAAAGCCAGAAAUGCUAGAUCAUUUAACCAAAAAUUUCGGAUUUGCUAUGGGUAUUGAAUUUAGAGAGAGUUCGUUACUUAUUGGUCCAAAAACUCAUGCUGUAAUAAAGAAAGGCAUGGUGUUCAAUGUAAAUGUUGGAUUGGCAAAUCUUACAAAUCCGGAUGCUACUGAGAAGGAAGGAAAAGUCUAUGCUCUUUUUAUUGGCGAUACUGUUAUGGUUAACGAGGGACAACCUGCGAUAAACUUGACACCAUCGAAGAAAAAGUUAAAAAAUGUUGGGAUAUUUGUUAAAGACGAAGAAGAAGAAGAGGAGGAGGGCAGUGGAAAAGAAAAUGAACCCAAGCCGGAAAUUCUGGGCCGCGGUAAAAGAACAGCGGUGAUAGAAUCGAAAUUAAGAACAGAACAUAGCUCGGAAGAGAAAAGGAAACAACAUCAGAAAGAACUUGCACAACAAUUGAACGAAGUUGCGAAAGCUCGAUUGGCUCAGCAAUCCGGUGGCAAGGAACAAGAAAAGAUACGAAAAUCAACGAUAUCGUAUAAAAGUCUUAGUCACAUGCCACGGGAACCGGAAGUAAAAGAGCUUAAAUUAUAUGUGGACAAAAAAUAUGAAACUGUAAUUCUACCCAUUUUUGGUAUCCCUGUACCAUUCCACAUAUCCACAAUCAAGAACAUCUCUCAGUCUGUAGAAGGAGAUUACACGUAUCUCAGAAUAAAUUUUUUUCAUCCUGGUGCGACAAUGGGUCGCAACGAAGGUGGAUCUUAUCCUCAGCCCGAUGCCACCUUCGUUAAAGAAGUAACAUAUCGAAGUACAAACACAAAAGAACCCGGUGAAAUUUCAGCGCCAUCAUCCAACCUGAACACAGCCUUUAGACUGAUAAAAGAAGUCCAAAAGAAAUUCAAAAACAGGGAAGCUGAAGAAAGAGAAAAAGAGGAUCUCGUGAAACAAGACACUUUAAUAUUGUCACAAAAUAAGGGUAACCCGAAAUUGAAAGACUUGUACAUUCGACCAAACAUUGUCUCAAAAAGAAUGACUGGGGGUUUAGAAGCGCAUGUAAACGGUUUUCGAUACACUUCUGUCAGAGGAGACAAAGUUGAUAUUCUUUACAAUAAUAUUAAGAAUGCCUUUUUUCAACCAUGUGAUGGUGAAAUGAUUAUAUUACUUCAUUUUCAUUUAAAGCAUGCAAUAAUGUUUGGUAAAAAGAAACACGUGGAUGUACAAUUUUAUACCGAGGUCGGUGAAAUUACAACAGAUUUAGGGAAACAUCAACACAUGCACGAUCGUGACGAUCUUGCCGCGGAACAAUCGGAACGAGAACUUAGGCACAAAUUAAAAACUGCGUUUAAAAGUUUUUGUGAGAAGGUUGAAAGUAUGACGAAGCAAGAAAUUGAAUUCGACACACCGUUUAGAGAAUUAGGAUUCCCUGGCGCCCCAUUCCGAAGUACUGUUCUUUUGCAACCAACCAGUGGUUGUUUGGUUAAUCUCACAGAAUGGCCUCCGUUUGUUAUAACUUUAGAGGAUGUUGAACUUGUUCAUUUCGAAAGAGUGCAAUUUCACCUGAAGAAUUUUGAUAUGAUUUUUGUUUUCAAAGAUUAUCAUAGAAAAGUCGCCAUAUUAAAUGCUAUCCCUAUGAACAUGCUGGAUCAUGUAAAGGAAUGGUUGAAUUCAUGCGACAUUAGAUACACAGAGGGUGUACAAUCUUUGAAUUGGACAAAGAUCAUGAAAACGAUCACAGAUGAUCCUGAAGGUUUCUUUGACAAUGGUGGUUGGACCUUCUUGGAUCCAGAAAGUGAUGCAGAAAAUGAAGAUCUGGAAGAUGAAGAAGAAGAAGAGGAUGAUGCUUACGAGCCAACUGAUUUGGACAGCGAAGAAGAAUCCGACGAUGACUCUGAAUACUCUGAAGCUUCGGAAGACUCGGAUAGCGAAGAAGAACUAGGUAGUUCUGAAGAAUCAGGCAAAGACUGGUCAGACUUGGAACGAGAAGCAGCUGAAGAAGAUAAAGAAAGAGGGGAAGAUGGAUUCCGCGAUGAUUAUAAUUCUAGCAAGAAAAAGAAAUCAAGUCGAAAACACUCACCUUCACCUUCAAAGGAUAGGCAUAAUUCAAAACACAAAAGUUCUUCCAGUUCGAAAAAUAAAAGUUCGUCCAGUAGUAAAGAUAAAAAAUCAUCGUCAUCAGAUAAGCACAGAUCGGAUCGAUCGCGGAGCGGGAGAUCACACAAGAAAGUAUCUCCUUCUACGUCAUCCAAACACAGUCCUAAGAAGAGUGAUAGACACGACAAACAUAAAUCGUCCAGCCAUUCUUCAUCUAACAGUAAAAAACGAUCUCGCGAAGGGAGUUCAGAAAGAAACGACAGAGGAUCAAAGAAAUCUAAAAAAUGAGAACAAUUAUCCAAAUAUGAGAGAUAAAAGCACACCUGAAAACACAAACAUCAUGUUGGUUCUACAUUAAGCUUUCUUACUUGUGG